AUGACUGCUUCAAUUGUGCUCGAGGCAUCGCCUGAGCAUAUAGCCUAUGCACUCCUAGGCUGCUUCAUCAUUGUCUUUGGACUAGUCAGUCUAUUUGUCAAGGAAAAGCUGUUCAUUUCCGAAGCUUUUGUAUCGACUGUCUUCGGCAUCAUCAUCGGGCCCUACGCAAUUGGGAUCUUUGAUCCCUUAGGAUGGCAGGAGUUUGACCAGGUCACACUUGAGUUCACACGGAUCGUCAUUGCAGUCCAGGUCAUGGCCGCAGGAGUGUCUUUACCAAGGGCCUAUAUUGUCAAGGAACGACUGUCACUUUUCAUGAUGAUCGUACCCCUCAUGGUCCUGAUGUGGUGCACGUCUGCCCUGUUAAUCUGGGGCCUGAUUCCCAACCUCGGCUUUGUCGAAGCAAUGGUCAUCGCAGCAUGUGUCACCCCUACAGAUCCAGUCUUGUCCAACUCGGUCGUCAAGGGUCGCUUUGCUGAGAAGCAUGUGCCUCCUCGUAUUCGUUAUCUUCUCUCUGCUGAAUCCGGCAUCAACGAUGGUAUGGGACUUCCCUUCUUGUUCCUGGGUCUCUAUCUCCUCCGCGAACAAACCGCUGGUGUAGCCAUUGCCAAGUGGUUCUACCUUGUCUGGGCCUACCAGAUCCUUUUAAGUAUCAUCAUUGGCGGUAUCAUCGGAUUUGCGGCAAGGAAGCUCGUUAAGGGAGCUAAAAACAGAAAAUUGAUUGAUAAGGAAUCCUUUUUGGUGUUUUCGAUCGCCUUGGCCCUCGCAGUUGCUGGUAUUGUCAGCAUCUUGGCGUCCGACGAUCUGUUGGCAUGCUUUAUUUGUGGCAACAUUUUCGCCUGGGAUGAUUGGUUUUCGAACGAGAUUGCAGAGGCACACAUUCAGGAGAUCAUCGAUAUGUUGCUGAACUUGGCUUGCUUUGUCUACAUUGGAGCAUCGAUCCCCUUCUCCAGCUUUGGGGAUCCCGCCCUGGGAUUGACUGUGUGGCGCAUGAUUAUCCUUGCAGUCGUGGUGCUGAUGUUCCGACGACUGCCCUUCGUGAUAGCACUGAAGCCGCUUAUACCAGCGUUAACGACAUAUCGUGAGGCGGCCUUCGCCGGAUGGUUCGGACCUAUUGGUGUCGGUGCCGUGUUCUUCUCAAAGGUCACCGCAAUGCUGACACAUCCGGAGCACAUUGGCGAGGACGCUCAUAAUUUAGAGAAACUGAACCGAGUGCGCGCCGUGAUCUUUCCUGUGGUGAUGUUCCUGGUUUUUUCGAGUGUCUUAAUCCAUGGUGUCACUGUGCCGUUGCUCCACCUC